AAAUCGAAAGGAUGAGCCACAUCCACAUAUAUUCUUUCCACACAUAGCCUGAUAAGAGAGUUCACAUCACAAGUAUAAGUAGUAAACCCUAGAAAGCAAUUCCUUCCUCUAUUUUCUUCUUCACAAUCUUGCAUCUUUUGGUCUUAUAGAGAUUUGCUUCAUGUCCUUUAAAUUCUCUUCAUAGCUACUAAAAAUAAAUCUAUAAGUAGUUGCUCAACUUCAUUUUUUUCCUCAGUUUAACCAUCUGAUAUUUGAAGUCAACUGGUCCAUCAAAGAUCAUUGCAAAGGUAGCAACCGUGGAUCGAAGGCAUGGGAAGAGGCCCUUUUCAUCCAAUGAAUCGGAGGAGAAAGAGGAUAUUGAUGAAUCCAUUUUCCCAAUAUAUUCAGAGCGAUCUCAGCAUGAUAUGUCUGCUAUGGUUUCUGUUCUCUCUCAAGUUAUUGGAAACACAAACAAUAAUAAUGCUACGACAAAUAUUUCUUCAUUGUCAUCCGUGCAUGGAAUUAAUCCAUUAACCCUACCUCAAUCAGCUGUUGCAACAACGAAUCAAAUUCAAGAACAAGGGAACCAGCUGAGAAAACGACAUUAUAGAGGAGUACGACAAAGGCCAUGGGGAAAAUGGGCGGCCGAAAUACGUGACCCAAAGAAGGCUGCACGAGUGUGGCUGGGAACAUUUGAUACUGCUGAAGCUGCGGCACUUGUUUAUGAUGAAGCUGCACUUAGAUUCAAAGGCAACAAAGCCAAACUCAAUUUCCCUGAAAGAGUUCAAUCUGGAAAUACUCAAUAUCUUGCUACAACUCAUCAUCAUCAACAACAAUUAUUCGAUCAUCAGCAGCAGCACUAUUCGUCCAUUAAUAAUAAUAAUAAUAAUAUUUUCGACUUAAUUUCUCAUAUGGUCACUCAGCCUAAUUUGUAUCAACAACAUUUCCCUAACGUUCAUCACUACACAGAAUUACUUCCUGGUGGCAGCAACAAUAAUAUUGAUCAUAUGAUGAAUUUUGGGGUUUCAGAACCAAGUUUUUAUCAUCAACAAUCAUCAUCAGGAGGUAAUUUUGCUUCUCCGAAUACAUCACUGGAAUUACAACAACAACAAUCAAGUUAUUAUUAUAAUCAAGAAGAAGACUUUCUGAGAUUUCCGAUGAAUUUUUGGAAUUCUUCAACUAGUAUUGGACCACCUAGUGAAAGUAAUUGGGAUGAUUUUGGACCUAGAAAGUAAUUUCUUCAUCUUAAUUUUAAGUUGGUCAAAUGAAGACAUGAAGGUGUCUUGAGGAUGCCUGUAAGUCUGUAGUGAUUUAUGUUAGCUUUGUUUUUUGUUUAUUUAUUUCCACUUUAUUAUGUAAAAUUAUGUGCUUUUCUUUUCAAAGUAGUUCUAUUAUCAUGAAUCUAUACGAAAUAUGUUGGUGCAAUUUUCUGCGCCUAAAAUUA